AUGGACAAGGCUGACGGACAACAACAACAACAGAGCUACAUUGUGCGAUGGGUGCACGUCAACGAAGGACACUCGAUUGGAUGGAGCGUGCAGCCGCACAAGAAGAGCAUCAACUUUGGCAUCUUCAAGCAUCCCGGCACCAAGAAUGGGCUGGCUCCUGGCAUGCCCACCUCGUCGUCUGCCACCCUUGAACCCCCGCCGAGCGCUCACAGCAACGAUGAGCCUGAUGGAAGAAAGAGAAGGGGGUCGGUGGCCAAGCACGAGGCCAGUACCGUCAUGGAGAAGCUGCACAACAUUGGCCUGCGCUGCGUCGAGUGGGUGGGCAACUGCGAGGCCGACAAGGUCAGGCUGGGCACCUACGACGUAACCCCUGGACAGGAGGGCAUGUACGGGCUCGUGUUCGACAACACCUUCAGCAAAACCGUGUCCAAGACUGCCACACUUGUGCUCAUGACGCACCCGACAAACGCCNCCCCAAAGUCCAAAGCUACUCUCAAGGCUCAGCCGAGCACGCCGAACCUCAAGGCCAGUCCGCGUAUCGCUGCCACACCGGCUGCCUCCGUCGAGUCGCUGGGCAAAGAGCUGGAGAACACACAAGCGGCAAAGGGCCAGAGGUCUUCGUUCCACCCGUCACUUGCGCCGCAUGACAUCCACAGCGGUACUUUGGGCAAGCGUCGCAGAAAGAAGGGCCAGGGCUAUGCUCGCCGUUUCUUUUCUCUCGACUUUACCUCUGGAACUCUGUCCUACUACCGCAACAGCCGUUCUUCGGCUCUGCGCGGUGCUGUGCCUUUGUCUCUGGUCGCUGUCGGUGCUGACUCCAAGACUCGCGAGUUCUCUGUCGACUCGGGCGCCGAGGUCUGGCAUCUCAGAGCUAGUAACCAAAAGGACUUUGAGGAGUGGAGGGAGGCUCUUGAACGUGCUUCGGCUACUGCUGUUUCUGGUCCUUCGACCCCGGCUGUCUUUACGCAGAACAGAAGCCCUUUCCCGGGCGCUUCAGAUGCUAUCACAUCAAUCGAAUGGGAACGCGCAGAAGAGAUUGUGAGCAGAAUUUCUGGUUCUCGUGAUGCUCUCCGCAGACUUGCUCAGGACACGGAUGUCAAGAUCUCGCCUUCUGUCGCCGCCGCCUCACCAAGUGCCUCAUCCGUGGAAUCUUUCGCAAACCCAUUCUUCGCGGAUGCCGACACUGCUUCUGUCAGCGCAUCUUCUGAACGACUGCCAUUCUGGAAACGCAAGCCUAGUGCGGCUAGCAAGGAGGCUCCUGGGUUCAAGCGCAAGACGUCGGGCCAACAGCUCGAAGUCCCUAAUGGUUCUGCACCCAGCUCUCAUCCGACAUCCCCACUGCCGAACUACUCGAACAAACAACCUCUCACCGCUUCAAUUACCAUGCAGGAGACUCACGAACGAUGCUUGGCUCUUCUGCGCGAUCUGGACAAUGUCGUGAAUGACUUUUCUGCUCUGCUGGCAGAGUCAAAAGCACGUCGCAUGCCCAUCAACCCAAAUCUGCUUGCCCCGGCCGCUUCUCGCUUGUCCAUCGACUCGGUGUCUUCGCAAGAAUUUUUCGAUGCCGAAGAUGUGCCUUCUCAACUCUUGUCAAUCAGAAGAUCUAGUGAGGCUACUCGGGAAGACGAUGAUCAGGACUUCCAAGACAUUACCUCUAAUGGAGGAGAUUCCGACACCAGCAGUGAUGCAGGAGAUGCUACAGAGAUCUCGAAUGACGCAAGUACCGCGCCUGGCCAGACUUCUCUCUUCCCUGCCAAACCCGCACCAUUGACUUCUCCACUACCGAAGGUCACCUACCGCACAACUAUAACACCACCCAAACAGCCUCCUCCCUCACUCAUCGGAUUCCUGAGGAAGAAUGCCGGCAAGGACCUCAGUACCGUUAGCAUGCCAGUCACUGCGAACGAACCACUUUCGGCCUUGCAGCGUCUCGCGGAACCUUUCGAGUCUGUCGAUCUCCUACACAAAGCUUCCUCAGUAUCAUCACCAGACGAAGCUCUGGAUCGACUGAUCUAUGUUGCAGCAUUCGCAAUCUCUAACUUUGCCAGCAAUCGUGUCAAGGAAAGAGCCAUCCGCAAACCAUUCAAUCCUAUGCUUGGCGAGACCUACGAACUCAUCCGUUCAGACCUUGGCUUCCGCUUUGUGUCGGAGAAGGUGUGCCAUCGACCUGUUCGUAUGGCCUUCCAAGCCGACGCUUUGGACUCAGCAUGGUCAUUGUCUCAGUCUCAGCAGCCAACGCAGAAAUUCUGGGGUAAGAGUGCAGAACUCAACACAGAAGGCAAGAUGAGGCUGGUCCUACACAACGUGAAUGGCGAAAAGUACUCUUGGACCUUGGCAACAUGUUUCCUCCGCAAUGUGAUCGCAGGCGAGAAAUACGUCGAACCUGUCGAAAGCAUGACAAUCGUCAACGAGACCAAUGGAUCAAAGGCAGUCGCCACCUUCAAAGCUGGUGGCAUCUUCUCUGGCCGCAGCGAGGAAGUAACAACGCAAUUCUACAAUGCCUCUUCAUCGUCGCCCCUGGGCGCCACUCUUUCAGGCAAAUGGACAGAAUCACUCUCCCGCACAGACACUGGCGAAAUCAUCUGGACAGCAGGCCCCCUCGUACCGAACGCACCCAAAGUGUACGGCUAUACUUCCUUUGCCGCCUGUCUCAAUCAAAUCGACGAGGCAGACAAGAACGCAAUCUCGCCCACCGACUCACGCCUACGACCCGAUCAACGCGCUCUUGAAGACGGCAAGACCGAUGAAGCGGAAGCACUCAAAGCCAGACUUGAAGAGCGACAAAGAGCGAGAAGAAAGGUUUUGGAGAGCCAUGGCGUGGAGUGGAAACCAAAGUUCUUUGAGAUGGUCAAGGGAGAAGAGGGAGAUGAGGAAGUUUGGAGGUUGUGUGGUGGCAAGGGCGGAUAUUGGGAGCGUAGGGACAAGGGCGAUUGGAAGGAUGUGGAGACUGUUUUUGAGAUUUGA